CGAAGCUUGAAGUUGAGAAAGUCCACCGUGGAUGCGAGAAAGUCCACUGUGUUCCGUAAAGAAACGCUUGGUAGCGUAGGUUUAUCACGUUUUACUUAGUUCUUCUACGUUAUUAGUUUAACAAUGGCCGUGACAACAUUGUUCGCUUUGGUCAUUGUUGCUUCUUCGACCGGCGAAAAACGUGUCAUCAUCAACCAGACUCAGCUGAUUAAAGUACCAGAAGGAUCUAAUUUGACUCUACAGUGUCAAACUGAUCCAGAGAUCAACCUAACAAACUUCAACUUGGACUGGAGGAGAAUGGACAUCCCACCUGACUCAGACCGCUUUGUCUACUCCCGUCGAGGUGGGACAGAUUAUCUUGUGGAACAGAUGCAGCGAUACAAGAACAGAGCAGAGCUGAUUAAAGAGGACCUGACCAGAGGACGGAUGACUCUACUGAUCCCCACAGUCCAGCAGUCUGACACAGGACGCUUCAAAUGCUUCAUCCCUAAGCUGAACGUCAGCUUUGUUUUCAACAUUGUCGUGACAGUGACAAAGAGAGAGGAUGUCGCCAUGACGACGUCUCCAGGAUACGGAACCAUGAACCCCACUGUGUCUGUGACGAAGAUGACGACAAAGAGAGAGGAUGUCGCCACGACGACGUCUCCAGGAUACGGAGUCAUGAGCCCCGCUGUGUCUGGUCCUGUAGAGAAGAGAAACCACUGGAUCAUUCUUCGUGUCUGUAUUUAUUUCCUCCUUGUUCUUGGUUUCAUCAUUGGAGUCCUGGUGAAGAACAGAGGGAUCAGGAUUGGCAAUAAGUGCAGAGGGACAGCAGAUGAAGAAAACACGUUUGAGAUGGAAACGCUGAGGACACAAGAAAAUGAAGGACCCAAGGACGAGGACGUCACCAAAGAGAACGGUGUCGAAGCUCCAGCAGGGUCAGCUGUGAUGGUUGAUGUGGUCAUAUAAUUUUAAAGCCUGCGAUGCGCUAAGAAGAAGAUAAAUGAAAAAGGAGCGAGCAGAAUGGCCAUAAUGUGAUGAGAUUGUAUUGGUUACAAUUAGGGGUGGACGAUAUGGCAAAAAUAUCAUAUCACGAUUUUUUUUUUUUUUUAAAUAAAAUCACGAUUUCGAUUUUAUCACGAUCUUAAAUUGAAAAAUGAAAAACAGACAAUUUAGUCCAAAGAACCUUUCUUAAUAGAUUUUAAGUAGUCGACGUUUUGCCUGCAUGUGCAAACAAUCAAGUUUAAGGUAAACAACAACAACAUUCUAAUAAAGUGCACUCUUGCAAAAGUAGUAACAGAAAGUUUUCUACUGUUGAACGGUACCAUAUCUUUUGCAAGUUGAAAGGUAACUGCUUCUGUUACCUCUUUCCAUCGCUUGCUUGACUUGUCAUAGGGAGUUGCCUUUGUUAAACACCUGUGUUAUUGUUGACUGUUUUGGUCUUACGCUAGCUGCUGCCUCCGCCUGCGGUGCCGGUGCCGCCGGACCCCUCGCUGUUUGGCUCUCAGCAUAUUGUUUGGGACGAUUCCUCUUCAAAUGAUUGAACAGGUUCGACGUGCGAAACCAACUCCAAAUAAUGGAAGUGGAUUUUAUUUAUUUAUUUUAUUUAUUUUAUUUAUUUUUAUUUAUUUUUUACUCCGUUUGGCUUUCAAACGUGGCUCCAUGCGGCUACCGCUACACACAUUAACACGGAGGCGGGUAAGAAAGCGCGUCACUGCCCGUAAUUCGCUAUGAUUGGUCGGUCAGGUUGAUGACGUGAUACGUCUGGCACGUCGGUGCAUAAGCAUAGAUCUGCAAUUUCUAGAAUGUGCCCUCGACGAUCCCACGAUCUUCUUCACGUAAUCGUUCACGAUUUAAUAUCGUCAUAUCGCCCGCCCCUAGAUACAAUGAUAUGUCUGAUCAUAAUGUCAUUAGUUUGAUUAUAAUAUGAUGGGCCAUCGCCAGGUAUCUGCUAUAAGACAGAGGGACAGCACUGAUAAUAAAUUGGGGGAAAACUGUCUCUUUUGUUUCUAUGUUAUUGUUACGUGUAUAUCAUGAAACAAUAAAAAAAAUCUAUUCAUAAUCUG